AUGCCAAAAGGUCUGUCCACGACUGAGAGCCCUGUGCGAUCAUGCUGGCGUUCGGGGCGAUGGUGUCAACAGGCUACAGCCGUCGAGGAUGUCAAGGGCCUUUGCAAACAGCACAGUUUUGGGCCCCGAAGGCUCGAUGCUGCGCUCAGCCGACUACCAAAAGCGGAGAAAGGCAUGCAAGCCUUGGAACAAAUCUUGGCCAAGGCUGCUGAGGAUGAGAAGGACCUCACCGAAGUUGUGCUGCAGCAGGCUGACCUCAUGGAAACUUUCAGAUUCCACGCAGAGGAGCUUUGUGACCCCGAAAUCUGGGAAACCGUUUGCAGCCUGGACAUGAAGAUGGCUGCCCGGAUCAUUGAGCUUGUGAAGCUGCGUGGGAAGCCGGCGUUGCAGGUGUUUAAAGAGAGCAUGAAGUUCACAUCCGAUGUGGUGGGCUUGCUUGCCGACUUGGAGCAUGGGCCGGGAUCACCCAAGCGUAGCCGCUCACCGCCGGCAGCAAAAUCGGCGUCGCGACGCAGCAAGAAGCGCAAUGUUUUGCCGUGA